CAUCAUAUAAGACAGUCAAUUGUUUUGCAUCAUAUAAGACAGGCAAUUGUAUCCUUGCACUUCUCAAAUUACUUCACAGCAAAGUACAAAAUAUAAAUAAAAUUAAAAUUAAUUAAUAUUGGAAUGAUAUACAAGUGAUAUACAAAUUAUUAAAACACAUUUAAUUAAACUGAAUUAUAAAGGAAGAUUGAACCAAUAAUGGCUUCAUAAAAUAUAUACAAAAAGAAGGAAAAAUUAGACUCAUUAGAAGAUCAUAACCCUAUCUUUGUAAAAUAACGAAACAAACUUGAGGCAUUUAUGAUACGCUGUCCUUCAUUUGGAAAAUGAUGAAUGAACGAGCUUUACCUUCAUCCUGGGCAUCCUGCUCGCCGCCGAGAUCGCAAAUAUGAUCAUCAGUUGGGGAGAUAUGUCGAAAAUUGUUGCAGGUGCCACAUUACUCAUGACAAACUGCACUCACGCUUCUAAGAUAGUUGUUUUUCUUCGUGAGCAGGCACGAAUCCAGGCGCUUUUAGACAUAGCCAAUAGUCCCGUGUUUCACCGGCACGACAAGACGCACCAGGACCUCCUCAAGAGCUACACAAAGAAGAGCAUCUUUCAUCAUGCGGUUUAUCAAAGUUUCGGCGCGAUUGCGGUGUUUUGCUGGGGCUUUACUCCCCUCGCCGAUCUAAUAGCCGGUCGUUCACGCCGGCUACCAAUGGAAGGAUGGUAUCCUUACAACACGACGACGACGCCGGCCUUCGAAAUCACCGCAGGGCAUCAAGGUGUAGCUGUCAUAAUUGCCUGCUUCCAUAACGUGGCAAUGGACACGUUAAUGACAGGCUUGAUCACGGUUGCCUGUUGCCAGCUAGCGAUUCUAGAGCGGAAUAUUAUGUCCAUAAAUAAUGAGGAAAGUGUCUCUAAAAUGCAAAAUAAAAACACGUUGUUUAUAACUGACGAGAAAGCUCUGUGCUAUCAGCGACUUAAAAAGUGCACGGUCCACAGCAACAUAAUAUUUCAUUUUACGAAAGAAAUCCAGGAUAUCUUCGGCACGGUGAUCUUCUUCCAGUUUCUCUCGAAUUGCGUAAUCAUCUGCUUGAUCGCCUUCAAUGUGUCGCAGAUGAAGGUUUAUAUCCCGGCGGUACUGAUCGGCAUGUUAACGUACUUAUGCUGUAUGACAUAUCAGAUAUUCAUUUUCUGCUGGCAUGGUAAUGAGCUGCAUCUCCAUAGCAUACGUAUAGUCACAGCUGCGUACUCGAGUGGCUGGUUCUCCGGCACGGAGAGAUUCAAACGCAGUUUACAGAUUGUGAUGAUCAGAGCCCAUCGUCCAUUUAUUUUAAGCGCUGGCAACAUCAUGUUACUGUCUUUGGACACUUUCGUACAGUUUCUAUAUAUUUUAGAUACUACGGACGUCUUACUCGAUUUUUACGGUACUUCAAGGUUCAGCUGCUUAACAAGGGAUUAAGUUUUCGUAACUACAUACGUUUCCUUGAAUCUACAACGAAUAAAAAAUAUUUAUCAAUAU